GCGGACGGACAGACACGCAUUGGCAGCGCUGACGCUGGCAGUUGAGCGGUGUACGUGAACGUGAGUGGACGUUAUUGCCACGCCGAAUUGGAAUCGUUUAUUCGUGCAUUCGUGCAGAUACAAAACGUAUCGGCGACCGUGUUUAGUUUCUCGUGCGUGUGACGACGCCAGCGACGAGUAGGCAGUAAGCGGCCGUCGUAACGUGUAUAUGAAGUGUAUGGUGAAUACAAACACACAUACAGCGAAGUGAAUUUGUGAGUGAGUGUGUGUAAAUUGGUCGUUUUCGAUCUCAUAAUUCGAGGGUGAAAAGCGAAAAACUUGUUUGAAAUAUAAUUGCGGACGAACGGAAGAGUAAAAGCCGUCGUGGCAAACAAAUUGCAACAAAAAUCGACAAAUUUGUUAACAGUUUUAUGCCAACCGCGACUGUUGCACGUGGCAAGGCGGCAAGAAAUCAAAUUGUAAAACAAAGAAAUAAAAAAAAAAAACAAAAACAGCACAGAAAAAAUACCAACGAAAACAACUUGCAUGCAAACUAACUUGCGCGCAAGAAAUAGAAGAAAUAAAAAAGACAAAAAAUUGUGAAGUUUCUUAGCUGUGCCCGUUACACGAGGCAGCUAUUUGUUUUAAAAUUUUCUCUUCGGUGUGUGCGUUUUCUUCUCAACAACUCAAAGCGCGCUGCAGCAACAUCAUUAAAAAGUUUGCCAUUCAAAAGCAGAAACAACAGCAAAACAUUACAACAAAAACAACGGUAACAACAAAAACAUGCUGUGCCUGUAGAACAAGCACCCUUCAAUAGGCAUCAAACAACACGCGCGCAACUUCGGGCAUUGCGGCAUAGCCAGCCGAUAGAAAAAAUUGUAUGAACACACAUGGACAUACAUAUGUAUAGAAGGUGCUAUAUUAAUCUUACUUAGGGUUGCAAAAACCUGACCAACUCUGCUGCAUUGUGUAUUCAUUUGGUGCGUCCGCACCCACUCGUGCGAAAUCAACGACAAGCUGCUACCGACAGGCGUACUGCAACUCCAUCUACACAACAUCAGCUGUUGGGGUGUUGUGUUUUUGUACGUGCUAUUAUCCGACCAGCGCUGCCCUGCUGCAUUUUGUGGAUAAUUAGUUUCUUCCGAUAUGCAGUAAAGUUCAAGAAUUGGUGAGUAAUAAACAGCGUUCAAUGUCUAUAAGCUUUUACAACAACAAGAGCAUUUAUAUAAGAACAAUUCUAAAGGUACUCAUUGAGCGCUUGAGCAGUGAAGCACUUAUAAUUUCAUUGCUUCAGUGUGCCUUUUGUUCGUUUAAAUUCACACCAAGCUUUUCCAACAAAAUAAAGCAGAUUGCAAAAAAGAUAAUAUGCGUGUUGAAAAUUGUGGUCGCAUAUGUAAAACAAAUAAGUGCAACGACAACAACAACAAAACCAAUAAUAAUACAAUAACAACAGUGAAAUGCUGUAAUAAGUUUUAUAACAAAAGCAAUAAUAAUAGUAUCCAUAACGGUCAAAAUAGUAACAAAAACCCGUAACCACAUCAUAAGUGCAGCUGUGGCACGCCACUUGGUAGCAAACGACCGGCGACCAUUAAACAAAGUGCCAAUAAAAAGUUUAAACCUAUCAAAUUAACAAUCGUUAAAACAUACUUAUGCACGCACGCAUACAAUUAAUUGCGUAAUUGGAGAGACCACAAAUAAAAAUACAGACAAAUUAAGGCUUAUGUAAAAAAGUUGUAAACCGGGCCAACUCUUCGAAUGAAGUUUCAUAAAAAACGAAAUACGAGUCGAAGCGCUUGACGUAAGCCAACUAUAACGCACAACAAUAGAACGUAUGUUAGCUAAUAACCGAUACAAACUAAAUAAAUCUCAAAGAACGAAUUCGAAAAUGUCGAUGACAAAAUCACAAAUCCGGUUUAGUGCUGCAACAGCUUCUUACCAACAGCGAGUGCAUAUACUCAGUACACUUCUGAGUUGCCUGUGCGCACUCACCAUAUUAGUGUCGCCCACAAAUGCGUUGGCGAAUUGCCCCAGCAGCUGUCAGUGUGACGAUGACACUUUGGUCGUGAAGUGCGGUGAAGGCGCACUCGAUGUGCUGCCAAUAACACUGAAUCCCUUCAUACAACGCUUGGUGAUACAAAGCAAUAAAAUCAAGACCAUAGACUCAUCGCUGCAAUUCUAUGCGGAGCUUUUGUUCCUGGACCUCUCCUACAAUGACUUGGUCACUCUGCCGAUGCGCACAUUCCAAUUUCAACGCAAGCUUCAAGAGCUGCAUUUGAAUCACAAUAAAAUCGGUCAGAUCAGCAAUAUGACAUUUGUGGGCUUGGCCACAUUAACGGUGCUCAAUUUGCGUGGUAAUCUGCUGGCCGAGCUCGAACAGGGAACCUUUGCGAAAAUGUCCAAACUGGCGGAAUUAAAUUUGGGACAAAAUCGUAUUAAUCGCAUCGAUCCGCACGCAUUUGAUGGUUUGGUGAAUCUACGUACACUCUAUCUCGAUGAUAAUACGUUGACAACAGUACCGGCGCCUAGCAUAUUCCAAGCAAUGCCCAAUUUAGCUGAGCUUUAUUUGGGCACCAACUCAUUUACGUCUAUACAAUCGAAAGCUUUUAUAGAUCUCAAGGGGUUAACACGCUUGGACUUACGGGGUGCUGGUCUGCAUAACAUCUCCGCCGAAGCAUUGAAAGGUCUGGAGGGCUUGCGGUACUUAGAUCUGGCUGACAAUCGCCUACACGUGGUACCGACAAAUGCACUGAGCCACUUGGAGAGACUAGAGGAACUUUUGUUGGGACAGAAUGAUUUUGAAGUGAUUGGCAGCGGCGCGUUCGGUGGACUGACACAGUUACGUAAACUGGAAAUCACAGGCGCCCAGCGGUUGCGUAGCGUGCAAAAUGGUGCUUUUAGCGCCAACACCAAUCUGGAACAUUUGAAUCUGUCAUCCAACAAGAUGUUGCAGGAAGUGCAAGAGAACGCUCUGGGAGGCCUGCCACACCUGCGUCACGUCAUACUCAAAGAAAAUGACUUGCACACGAUUGCCGAGGGACUCGUACCAUGGACCGAUCUACAAACACUCGAUCUCUCCGACAAUCCGAUCGUCUGCGAUUGUCAAGUGUUGUGGCUGCGUAAUUUGCUCGUAUCGAAGAACUCUACCACCGACAGGCUCAUCGACGUGAUGUGCGUUUAUCCGGAACCCAUGCGUAAAGAACCACUAGCGCAACUAUCGCCGGCCAUGCUAGGCUGCUCACAUAGUGACACAAAGCAACAGGCCAUGAUCAUAGGGGUUGUUGUUGUUACAACAGCCAUCAUAACCGGUUUGUCGUUGCUGAUUUAUGGCUGUCGGCGACGCAUACGCGAAACAUUGAAAGGCGGUUGGGGCAAUUCGGCAUUGGGACGUAAGGAGCGCGAGUACCAGAAGACUUGCUCAGAUGAAGAGUACAUGACGCGGCAGCAACACCCUUGCAGCCUCAGCAUACAGCCAACAAUGCAGUUCACCAACAGCGUCGGCUACAAUAUGCAACAGACGCAGCCGUAUAUGGGCUCCCGGCCAAUACCAGUUACCGAACUAUAGCUAGAAGCA